UAUGUAUUGAUCGGCCAAUCACUGGUCAUGAUCUCACGGAGGAAUUGGCUUUGUGGGGGGCGUCUCGCCGUGGAAGGAGCGCGCUUUAUCAGGAUUCUGGAAGAACUUUAGAGACUAUGGCGGGUCCGGGCAAAUGCAUCCUCGUCACCGGUCCUCCGGGUGUGGGCAAAAGCACUCUGAUUAUGAGAGUGAUCGAGGGCCUCAAAACUUCAAAUCCCAACCUCAAGGUUCAAGGCUUCUACACUCGUGAAGUUAGACAAGGAAGCGAGAGAAUUGGUUUCGAGGUUGUCACCCUAGAUGGUCGCAUGGGUCCACUUGCCUCCGCCAACAUUUCUAGGCCAGAGUCUCGCAGAUGGCCCAGUGUUGGAAACUACAAAGUUGAUAUAGCAUCUUUCGAGUCACUGGCUCUGCCUGAGUUGCAGGUCAGAGAAGAUAUUGAUCUCUUCAUCAUUGAUGAAGUUGGUAAGAUGGAGUUGUACAGCUCAUCCUUCUUCCCUGCUGUUCUGAAAGUCUUGGAAUCAAAUAUCCCAAUUUUGGCUUCGAUUCCAAUUCCCAAAUAUGGUAGAGAUAUACCUGAAGUUGCUAGAUUGCGGAGUCAUCCAGCAGCAGAUAUUUAUACCUUGAGCGUUAGUAACAGAGUUGCUGUUAGAGAAGAGAUACUCUCCCUAUUGGUAGACCUGUUGAGAAAACAUUAGUGGUCCAAUAGUCUUAUAUUUGAACUCUUGCCAUGCUGUCUUUCUUGAAGUUGGGAACUUAUUAUGUGCUGAAGAAACGCGAGAGAACGAGUCUCAAUGAGACAUUCAAACUUGGUCUUCACUGAGGUGUGUGCUUCAUCAUGCAAAAUGAAUGUCGUUGUUGAACUGCAUUCAAACUUAAUACAGUUUUAUUUGCCCAUUAGGUCUGUAGAAAUUUCAUUAAUCGCAAAUAAUACUUGUUUCCGAUUAGUUAAUAUAGUUUCGGUGUUGCUGGCCUUUUUGUUAUAAGUUAUAUCCCAUCGGGCUUGUCUGUUUAUAAAUUAAAAUAAUGAAUUUUCAUUUUGUUAA